UUGAUCUUUGAUGGGUUUUUAUUCAAUAUUAUAACAGACCAUAUAAAUUUGCCUUCUUUUUUUUCUCAGUUCCAAAUCCCAAGCUUAAAUACAAAACCCCCCAAAAAAAAUUUCACCCAUUUUGGGGCUGCUCUCCUCAGCUUAUUAUCUCCCAUUUUCCUGAGAAACUGGAGAAGGGCUUUUCUUUUCCAAAGAAUAGGGACUCGUUUUGCUCUCCCAGGCUUUGGAAAUGUAUGCAGAAACUGAGCAUUUGAUUCCUUACUUCCAGAAUUUCUCUGAUGAGUUUCAACUAGCUAGGGAAUUCUGCAAAAUCCACAAGCUUGACUCUCCAUUGAGUAACAUGGUUCAAACAUCAAUUGUUUGUGAAUACAACAUGGGCGGUGAAGGCGACCUAUUCAAAGCUCCAGAGCCAAUUAUUGGGGAAUCGUUUUCAGGUCUCGAUCCUAUGACUGCAAUUUCGAUGAUAUCCUGCGGGGAAGCAGACAUCUCCUUGGAAGGACUUAAAGAUGCGGAUUUUGAACCAUUUCAAAGUGAUCAGCUCUUGAGUGAGGUUUACUAUGAGUGUGGGAAGGAUCUAUUAGAGAAAGCAGCAAUACAAACACCACUAGUUGAAGUUUCCGACCUUAAGGAUGCGAUUAUACAAACGAAUGAACACCAAAUUUCGGAAAACAAACCAGUUCCUGAUGCAACACUUCAGAAGAGUGUCAGCUCAGGAUGUUUAAGGUCAAUGGACUGGAUGCAAGGCCCUGCAGUGAAGUCCAGUCUUUUGGAUUUCAGCGGAAUGGAUAUGAGUGCUGUCUACGGGAUGCGACGGGCAUUUAGCGAAGGAGAUAUCAAGACUCUUAGCAACGGCAAUGGUAGCCAGUUCCAUUCUCCUCUCGAGCGGCCGCUGCUAGUCAGCAACUGCACUGCUGAAGAGCGCAAAGAAAAGCUCUCAAGAUACCGAAAUAAGAAGACGAAAAGGAACUUUGGCAGAAAGAUCAAGUAUGCUUGCAGGAAGGCCCUGGCUGACAGCCAACCAAGAAUCAGAGGAAGGUUUGCCAAGACUGAAGAAUCUGAGAUGAAAAGGCAUUGAUUUCUAUGAUGGAAAACCAGAGGUUAGAAGAAGAAUUUGCUGUUAGUUUCUUUAGAAAGGCUGGGUAGAACAUAGAUUUGUAAAUAGUGUUUGCUUAAUAAAACAAAAAGAAGAAGAAGAAGAAGAAGAAGCAGAAGUUAUUUGUUCAUAUUAAUGCUGCUGCUGCUGCUGCUCUGUAAUGUUGAUGUUUGUAUUUCCUAAUUCAAGUGUUAUGAUCUGUAUCACUUACAGUUCUAAUUAUGGUACCAGAAACAUUGCCUCAAACAAUGUUCUGAGUUCAUUUUAUUUAAAGCUCCAGAUUUGAUCAUGA